AUGCUCCAUUCCAUUAUGUGUACGCUGGAAAACGUCUUUGGAAAGUAUGGAGAGGUUUCGGGCUGGAACGAUGGAAACCAAAACAAACAUUGGUCAAUGAUGGAAUUCGUUGCAGGUCUGGUGAAAGAGGACCAGAUGCAAUCACACAGUCCUCCAUUGGAGGAUGAAGAAACCGGUAAACGGAGAAGUAGCGAAGUAGGAGGAGGUUUCUUCAGUCCCAAGAAAGUUGCAAAGAGGAUAGACCCUCGCUUAGAAAAGAGAGUGGAAAUUUCUGUCUCAAAUAAAUAUGAAAUUUUAAACACAGAAAAUGAUGAAAUGAGUGCUGAUAAUCAAACUAACACUAAUAUUCAUUCCGCUAACACUUCUCAAGUGCCUAUUCCUAGACCUCCACCCAUAGUUAUUAGCAGCGAUUACUCGCCCAACGAAAUAAUUCAAGAGGAAGUGAGUGGUAUUUUGGAUAUGCGACGCCUAAAAAAAUCUUCACCAGAUGGAUCAAAAAAUGACAUAUCCCCAAUCCUUGUCACAACAACAUCAGAAAUCACAAUUGAAGACAUCAAAAGAGUCCGUGCAAUAAAUAGAGUUAUAUUUACGGCUGUAGAGUAUAAGGAGAACAGAGGUAUUCCUCAGUGCUACCGGUGCCAAGAAUUUGGACACACAACAAAUUUGUGUGCGUUCGCUGCUCAGGCCCACAUGAAAUAUCUCAGUGCCCGGGACAAGAAAGUCCGAAAUGCAACAAUUGUAAUGGACCUCAUGUAG